AUGAUAAUAAUCACCAAUUGGCUCUUUCUCCGCCAUCGAGGUGCGCGCAUUCGCCUCUGCCUCACCAUAUCUUCCCACAAGACUUUCAGGAUCAAGAGGUUCUUGGCCAAGAAACAAAAGCAGAAUCGGCCCAUUCCCCAAUGGAUUCGGAUGAAAACUGGUAAUAAAAUCAGGUACAAUUCGAAGAGGAGACAUUGGAGAAGAACCAAACUGGGCCUAUGAGAAAUCACACAUGAGAGAUGACUCACAUAUUUAUGCUGUAUCCAGGUUGCCUACACCCUCAAAUGAUUGAAAAGAUGCUACUGUCUGGACAGUUGGGGCAUUUUAAUUGGAAGACUAAUGAACUUGUGAUUUUGCUCUGUUGAUUUUUUUCCUCCUGAAAUAGAAGGUUGAUUCAGUAAUAAAUGUGAGCUCUUUAAAAAAAAAAUAAUAAUAA